AUGGCGGCCACUCGGCCCUCGCCGUCCGUGGGUUCACAAGGGCCCAUCGUCACACGUCGCGUGGGAGCAAAUACCAGCCCCAAGGCUUUAUCACCUUCCACCUCCAAUACUACUCCAAAUUCGACAUCUUCACGUCUGAAGCCCACGAUACGUCAGACGAUUGAAUCAAUCACUAGCACAGGCAGUCAAGCCGAGUAUUUCAGACCAGAGCAGACGAUUAUCUUGUUUGACUGGGAUGACACCCUAUGCCCGUCGAAUUGGAUAAGAGAGAACCGGCCAGCGCUCAGUUUCUUCAAGCCUUGCCCUGCUGACGAGAAGUACCAGAGACCUCUGCGAGAGCUGCAGAAGCAUGUAGAGGCCACUCUGAAGCUUGCCAUGAAGAUGGGCAAGGUAAUCAUUGUGACCAAUGCAAUGGAACCUUGGGUGGAGACGUCUUGCAGGAACUUCUUGCCCGCCUUGAUGCCCAUCGUUUCGCAGGUGCAGGUCAUUUACGCCAGAUCAGUGUUCGACACCAUGACAUGCGAAGCUGCCAAGAAGCAGGCGCGUGGUUCGUCACCUGGCCGAGCCCUGCCUGGUCUGUAUGCUGCGAAUGGCAUGAACAAGUUGAGCGGGUCGAGCCAGCGCAUGGCUGCGGCGCCCGUUGAUGAGAUGGCUCCACAAAGAUGGAAGGAAAUCGCCUUCGAGCAGGAGAUCACUGGCUUCUACUCUCGGUAUGCGCAUCAGAGCUGGAAGAACAUCAUCUCCAUUGGUGACUCGAUUUUCGAGCGUGAUGCUGUCCGAAGAGUGGUGAUCAACCGGCCAACUGCAAACAGAAAGUGUCGAACCAAAACUGCCAAGUUGCUAGAUGAACCAGAGAUCGAUGAGUUGGUUGCCCAGGUGCGAGUGAUCCACGAUGCGCUGGGGUUGAUGGUGCAGUAUGAUGGCAACCUCGACAUUGAGAUUGAUGAGGAAGACCUCAAACUAGAUCUCUCCCUGGCGGAGAAGAUCAUGGACCGGUGA